CUAACUGCCCCGACGACAAGUGAUGACGUAUGGGUGUUGUCCCGUUCGGCAGACGGUGGAGACGAGCCCAGGAAAACUAUUAGUAAAUUAGCCAAUACUCUCGAAAACGAGGGUAAUGAGAAAUAAGAAUGAGAAUUAAGACUCAGUGACACGCCUUUUUUUGUUUAUAGUUAAUAAUACUAAUGGAGGAAGUUCGGCGCUGGCUAGCUUAGCAGGCUAACGAGGAAGGCUAAUUAUGUUCGUCGCUCACAGCUCUCUCCGAGCAGGAAGCGUAUUUUUGUUGUCUUGUGGAGCCAGGUAACUCUUGCUUCAUGUGUUUAAAAAUCGAAUCUUCUGUGGAGAUUGUUCAGAAGCGAGAGUAGUAGUUACUUAGUAUGAUUGUUUGCCACAGUCUUGGGAAGAAUGAGUAGAAAACACAAGCAAUUUAAAGGAGCCGAAGUCAGCUGCUGCGUGAAAUACUUCCUGUUCGGAUUCAAUAUUAUAUUCUGGUUAAUGGGAGCAGCAUUCCUUGCCAUAGGCCUGUGGGCAUGGGCGGAGAAGGGUGUGCUGUCCAAUCUGUCAUCCAUCACAGAUCUUGGAGGUUUUGACCCGGUUUGGCUCUUCAUUGUCGUCGGAGGGGUUAUGUUCAUCCUGGGCUUUGCUGGCUGCAUCGGCGCACUCAGAGAGAACACGGUCCUGCUAAAAUUUUUCUCGGUCUUCCUGGGUUUGAUCUUCUUCCUGGAGCUCACCGCGGGAAUCCUUGCCUUCGUUUUUAAGGAUUGGAUCAAAGACCAACUCAACUUCUUCAUCAACAACAAUAUCAAGGCUUACCGUGAUGACAUCGACUUGCAGAACCUCAUUGACUUUGCCCAGGAAUAUUGGUUGUGUUGCGGCGCUCACAGGCCCGACGACUGGAACUUGAACAUGUACUUCAACUGCACCGACCAGAACCCCAGCAGGGAGCGCUGUGGUGUCCCUUUCUCCUGCUGUGUCAAAGACCCUGCGGAGGACGUCAUCAACACACAGUGUGGUUAUGAUGUUCGACGUAAAGGGGUCCUGGAUCGACAAAAUCAUACGUACAUACAUACACACAUCUACACCAAAGGCUGCGUGGGACAGUUUGAAAAGUGGCUGCAGGACAACCUGAUCAUUGUCGCUGGCAUCUUUGUUGGUAUUGCACUUUUACAGAUAUUUGGCAUCUGCCUUGCUCAAAACCUGGUCAGCGACAUCAAAGCAGUCAAAGCCAACUGGUGACCGUGAAGAUGGAGACCAGUACUCCAGUACUUCAAGGUGUCUUGUGCUGAGGACAGACGGCAGCGACAUGUCCUCUGAGCUGAGUAGCACAUCCACAAACAAACUCCAUGUACUUCCUCGUGAGGUCUUUCAUUUUUCACCUAACUGGGAUUUGAAGAUGCAGCACACUUUUAUUUUUACUCAGUUUCAUCAGAUUUUUUUUGACAUCUUCUCGGAUAAGUGCGUUUAUGUCAAGUUGUUGCACAAGGACACCUGUCAGCUGGGAGAUUAGAAGCCACAGGAAGCGACAAAAACAAAAAAAGAUAAAAAAAAAAAAAGAACCCUUCCUUUUAGGUCAAGCGUUACAUUGUCAAUUCUCACCGCUCAGCGAGGGGCCCCCGGUGCCAGACGCACGGAUCCCUCUUGUUUUGUCAUCUUCUCCAUGAUGACCUCUUCUAACCCCUGAACACUGGCUGGUCCCGUAUGACACUUCAAAUCUUUUCAGAUUUAAAGCCGGAGUCAAACUGUAAAAAAGUGCCAUUAAUUUCCAGUGAUUGUCCUUCUGUCUGCAACAAGCCUUUUAGUACCUCAGGACCUGGCCGGAACUGCACCGUCUCUGCCUUUUUUAAAAAACCUUUCUCUUUCCGUCCACAUCCAGUGAAUUGGAAUGGACAUACUCAAUGCAGAAAAACAUCCACUUCAGUUCAGAACUGGUAUGAUUGGAUCGUCUAUGGUUAGCCGCCAUAGACUUUUUAUUUCUUAGAGCAUUCCUCAGGCACAUGGAAUUGCUUGUUUGGGGCCUUUUACAGUCGUCUUACGCUUAAAUUCUUUCUUCUGUAUUUGCAAAUAUGUCUUUUUUUUUCUUUCACACACAGAUAUAUGUACGUAUAAAUGUAUAGUAUACAGAUUUUUAAAUUCCUGUCUUUAUUGUUUUGAGCAAGCUGCAACAGAUUUGCUCUGUUAGUUUGACCAAAUAAUAUCAGUCUUUGCCCACGAGCAAAGGUUCCCGACUUUUAAAGCUAACUUUAGUAUUUCCAGAUAGCCUUAAUGUGAAUUUACCGCCUCUUUUAAUGCCUGUUUACACAAGACGGCGAACGUAGCUGUAACAUCGCAUUUAUCCUCCAUGCAGUCGUGUUUAAAAUAGCUUAGGAAUGAAAGGAUGUUCCAUUUGAACAGUCUCUGUAUAAUAUGAAUGCUGCUUGAACUUGAAUUAGAUUAUUACGAUAUAGUACAGCAACAAGCUCACUUCAUUUUAACAUGUUCUUGGCCUUAGGUUGUUGAAUUAUUCAGAUUGUUUGCACCUCGCCAUUUUUUUUAACGGACGUCAUGCCUCGUCUCGCCUUGUCUGAAGCCGCUCAUUUAAUUUGAGGAGCGGCAUCGUGUCCCCUUGUCAGUCACGCCACGUGGCUUCCCAUCAUGGCGGGAUGUUUGCAUCCGCUUGGAAGCCAUGCAGCACACCGGUGGGAUGCGUUUAACUAGACUAAGCCAAAUACAUGAAGGACGAGCCGCGUUCAUAUUUUGGGAACAGCACAGCAACACUUUUUCUGUGAAAUAUGUAAAGAUCUUCACUCUGUUAGCGCCAUGUGAUGUCUAGCGGUGGGUACAUGUCACAUGUCGCGCUCGCCCACACAUCGGUGUUUGGAAGCCUGUCAUUCUGAUGUUUUUUUUUUUUUUAUAGGCUUUGUUUGAAAACACACAGAAUGUUAUUUGACUUUAAAUUCUCACAGCCUCGCUUGGCUGAUGCAUCACCACAAUUAUCUUGCAGUUUUCCAGUCCAAUCCCGAGCUCCACCGUUGUCCCGGUGUCUACUAUUGGUAGUGGACCACUACCAGUGGUCACCUCCACUUUUUGCUUUGCUUGUUCUCCAUCGACGCAGGACUUGGGUCAUUUUAAACACGCACACACACACGAGGAAAACCUUGCGGGAAAGUGUUUAUAGUGGGAUGCACAGGGGCAAAUGGGAUAAACGAGGAACGACUACCACAAAUCCCCCACCAGAUUUUGAGGGGUCUAGGAAGCAGAUCGAGGCCAUGGCGUCAUAUUUGUCUGCAGGAUGGAUAAUAUGCCAUAAUAUUAGAUAGGCUAGAUCAGGGGUGGGCAAACUUUUUGACUCGCGGGCCGCAUUGAUUUAAUAAAAUUGACGGGGGGGGGGGCGAAUAUAUAGUAUUUUACACGUGACAGUCCAUUUGUACACAUAUAUUUUUACACAUAUUUUACACAUAAAAGUGUCAUGCAGUCUGCUAUACGUGCACUUUAAGAUCAUUUAUUUGAUGUAAAGUGCAUUAUAAAAUUAUUAUUAUUAUUAUUACGACCAGUCCAGGUGUACCCCGCCUCUCGCCCCAAGACAGCUGGGAUAGGCUCAGCACCCCCGCAACCCUCGGAGGAUAAAUGGUAGAAAAUGAAUUAUUAUUAUUAUUAUUAUUACGACCAGUCCAGGGUGUACCCCGCCUCUCGCCCCAAGACAGCUGGGAUAGGCUCCAGCACCCCUGCGACCCUCGUGAGGGUAAGCGGUAGAAAAUGAAUUUAUUAUUAUUAUUAUUAUUAUUAUUAUUAUUACGAAAUUGAUAAAACAGCUACUUCAACCAUCAAAAGGUUGGCUCAAGCCAUGAUGCCAGGUUGUAUGUUGAGUUUAAAUGAAAUAUUUUGGCCGGAUGUGGCCCCCGGGCUGUAGUUUGCCCACCCCUGGGCUAGAUACAAGCACAGGUGUGUGUUCCUGCUGGGCAUCACCGCCUGACGCACCUCCGACGUUGCGGGUGGUCAUCAGCCAGGAGCCACCCUUCGCUGAUGUUUCGCUCCUGUAACCCCGCAACAUCUCAAGGUGGUGGAGACAUCUGGAUGUAGGAUCCUUCUCUAAUUUUCUGUCCCAUCUGUUAUUGCACUUGAGUCUAAGAGGACUAUGCAUGGCAAGGAGGGGGUCCAUUUCCUUGAGUCCGGCGUAAAGCCUCACCACAUACCAAAUCCAUCAUCCUGCUAGGCUCCUUUGCUUCCCCCGUGUUUGCUCCGGAGCCAGAGCCAAAAAGUACCCUGCUAUGCUUCUCCAGCGAGAUCUUCGAGCGGAGGUCCCAGAGAAACCUUGAUACUCAACUUCUACAGGGAAUAUAUGGAACGGACCAGACGACAAUGUCUGGCCGGAGGGAGCUUCUAAUGUUGUUGGGCACUUGAUGCUGUCCAUCUUAUUCUGCCUUUGUAUGCCUUUUAACGUGUGGGG